GGUUAUCACGCCUACUCAAAACAAACACAUAUACACGCACACUCCCUCUCCUCUUUCCUGCCUGUUGCCCGGGCCAUCUCAUGCCCGCGUUUGUACAUAUUUUAUGGUGUCUUGAUCUUGUGGCCAAUCCCGCUGAGUAAAGCGGGAACCUUUGUCCAGUCCUAAGGUUGUCCCGAUCGACAGGCCGGCCCACCCCCGAGCCUCCAUUUACUAAUACAACCUACAUCGGUGAAGGCCCGACCCCAGACGGCACAGGAAGCACACCUUGUUAUCAGUUGCCCUAAUCAGCAAACAUGCCCGCUGUCAAUCUCCCCCUGGAGCAGGCCCAUAGUGGCAUCACCUUAUAUCAAGUCCCCGGGAUCCAUCUGCGGCUCUUAUGCAGAGUUGCCCUUACCUUCUUAGGACUUAUCUGUCUCGGUGUGCUACUACUUCUAUUUAAGAGAAGAUACAAAUCCACCCCUCCCCCCACCGCAAGCAAGCUGAAUGCCACACCAACUAGUCUUCAGAGACUUCGGCUUUCCGAAAAGUCACCUGGAGCCAUCUUUCAGAACGAGAUCAUGUCAGUCAACCAACCCUCGGGGAUUUCACAGCUAAGGGCAGCUGAGAAGUUGGGGGAUGGGGAAAAGAAACAUAUCCGAGAUGAAUCUAAAGAAAGAGAUAAAGGAAAGGAGCCUCGGGAAGAUGUGAUGGGUUCCGUGAGCAUAGACGCAGGCACGCCACUAAUCUUCAAAUCUGGCCUACCGCCACCGCUGCCGCUAACCCCCCCUUCUCUUUUAGCAGGAGCUUUCACAUUUCAAGAUCGCCGGCUGAGUGUAGCCGCCUCUAGUAUGGGAGACCUAGAUUCUAGCUUCUUCCACCAGCCAAAUCCGGAUUAUACACUUUCGCCUUCGUCGGAUUCUACUUCCACCGCGCUGCCCCACAGCGAAGACUCUACUUCCAUCCCGCGAAGGAGAUCAUACACGAAAGUGUUGCCUCUUGGACCAGCCCAUACAGACUCGGAGCAUGAUGGACCAUCUUUUCCACCGAGUUCGUUCCCAUCUUCGAGCCCAAUCUUGCCCCUUGCGCCGCAUGAAUCACUUGAAUCCAGGGAGAUUGACGUAAAGGGCGAGAUCAUCUCAGUAAUGGACGACUCGGGUGCCGGUUGGAAAAGACAUACUCGUGUCUAUGGUGGAGGAGUCUGUCUAGCCUGCCUGGCUUCUGGCAGCCAAGGGGGGUUUUACGGCGAUAAUGUACCCCCUGAGCACCGUCGGUAACUAACAGGGAUAUACAACCGAAACGCUGCACCGACUUCGAUGUUUAGUCUAGCAAAAAAAAAAAAAAAAGGACAUCAAGGACCUCGAACUAGUCUAACAGAGCAAGGCACGGAAAGUCCCGGAGGAGCCGGAGGAACUACGAUGAAUUUUUUAAACAGAUGAUGGCGGCGUUGGUAAAUUUGACGCGUUUCCCAUGUUCCGAACUUUAAGGAUUUUCAUCUUGGCGGUAUCUCUAGGCAAGAUUUCAGCUUGCGUAUAGAGCGAUUUGACAUAUCAUUUUUGGUCUUUUUUUUCUUGUCUUUUUUCCCUCUUCUAUCUAGGGCGGUUAUAUUUGGGAAAAGGAGAUACCUGUUACGCAACGCUGGUUACAUGGAUUGAUGGGAAAGAUACUAUUUCGCUCACGCUUUUUAUGACCAUUUUUUAUUCAAUUUUCUUACGUUGAUGUAAAUACUUGCUGCUGAUCCUCUAGCGUAUCACUUGAGGACGUCUACUAUGUAGAGUCGUGUCAGCUUGCAAAAAAAAAAAAACACACCCCAUGUUGAUUAAAAAAACAGUCGUUU